ACUUCCAUCACUACUCACUCAACGGCUGCCUGCUCAGUGCUCAGCCGUUCACGUAUGGCCUGUGCGCGUUCCCGUUUUGGAGAGAUCGGUGCCAUCUCCGCUCGCCUUGAGGAAAAGGUGCUUUGUUUCUCAAAGCUAUAAUUCAAGAAAACGGACAAAAUGUAUAGAUGAGCGACCAGCCAUAAUCACCAAGCCCAGACAACCAGAACCCUGGUCAGAACACCUUUCUCUCCCCCUGUUGCCGACUGCCGACGCCCUGGGACCCGUCGUCGCCAUGGAGACGGUGGUGAUCGUGGCCAUUGGGGUGCUGGCCACCAUCUUCCUGGCCUCCUUCAUUGCCCUGGUGGUGGUGUGUCGACACCGCUACUGCCACCCCCACCACCUGCUGCACCACUUCAACUCCAAGCCCAAUGGACUGACCUGCUGGUUUGAAGCUAUAAGUCUAUGGAUUGAACAGAGCGACUUCACAGCACUAAGACCCAGUGUUGACCUGAUCGGUGCCAUGGAGACCCAGAGUGAGCCGUCUGAGCUGGAGCUGGACGACGUGGUCAUCACCAACCCUCACAUCGAGGCCAUCCUGGAGAACGAGGACUGGAUCGAGGACGCCUCUGGAUUGGUUUCACAUUGUAUCUCCAUCUUAAAGAUCUGCCACACCCUGACUGAAAAGCUGGUUGCCAUGACAAUGGGCUCAGGCGCUAAGGUGAAAGCCCCAGCCAGCCUCAGUGACAUCAUCACUGUGGCUAAACGCAUCAGUCCGAGGGUGGAUGACGUUGUGCGGUCAAUGUACCCUCCCCUGGACCCCAUACUUCUUGAUGCCAGGGCCACCGCCCUCCUCCUGUCAGUCAGUCACCUGGUGCUGGUGACGCGCAACGCCUGUCACAUGUCUGGCAGCAUGGACUGGAUCGACCAAUCACUGCACGCCGCUGAGGAUCACAUGGUGGUGCUGCGGGAGGCGGCGCUAGCGUCUGAACCGGAACGGAGUCUACCUGGAAUAGACGUGCAGAGAGAGCAGGCUAUCUAGAACACACAGACAUGUACAUACACACAUGGACCCACCCAUUCACAUAGGCAAGCAGGCACAUACACUCCUUCUCAUAUAUAUCAAAUAGACACAUUAAUGCACAUCUCGGGCACAUUCUCACGCAUACACAAUGCUUGAUAAAUACACAAUUUUAAAAACUCAACACAUUCCCAAAACACACAUUCCCAAUGAUCUUUCUCACUGUUGUUCUGUGGUGAUUUACAUACAGAUGGGUUGCUAGAUAAUAGAAAAGAGCUGGUUUUAGAAAAGGAUGGGUUGCCAGAUCCUUGUGCUAUUUUGCUCUUGAUCCUUUCACUUUUACCAUGUUUCUGGUUUUGUAUAUAGUUAUGUAUAACCAUAAUGUAUGUUAUGAUUAGGAUUUAUAUAGAUUUUAUGUUACACUCUCAGACUCAGAUUGUAUUGUAAGUGGAGAGCUCACUGAGACAGGCUUGUGUGUAGUUGUUGCCAUGGAUGACUGCCCCCUUGACAUUCCUUCCUGGGCGUCUUCCAUCUCCCAGCGGUGAGCUAUAAUCCACCCCGUUAGGAGUGCACAGUCACAUGGAAGCUUACAUUUAGUCAGACUAAUCCAUGUGGGGGGAAACCCUGGACACCCAAUAGGACCAACGGCCUGGGAAAUACAUGCACACCUACUCAGAGCAAUACACUCUUACUCAGAGCAAUACACUCUUACUCAGAGCAAUACACUCUUACUCAGAGCAAUACACUCUUAGUCAGAGCAAUACACUCUUAGUCAGAGCAAUACACUCUUAGUCAGAGCAAUACACUCUUAGUCAGAGCAAUACACUCUUACUUAGAGCAAUACACUCUUACUCAGAGCAAUACACUCUUAGUCAGAGCAAUACACACCUACUCAGAGCAAUACACUCUUACUCAGAGCAAUACACUCUUAGUCAGAGCAAUACACUCUUAGUCAGAGCAAUACACUCUUAGUCAGAGCAAUACACUCUUACUCAGAGCAAUACACUCUUACUCAGAGCAAUACACUCUUACUCAGAGCAAUACACUCUUACUCGGAGCAAUACACUCUUACUCGGAGCAAUACACUCUUAGUCAGAGCAAUACACUCUUAGUCAGAGCAAUACACUCUUACUCAGAGCAAUACACUCUUACUCAGAGCAGUGCACUCUUACUCAGAGCAGUACACUCUUACUCAGAGCAGUACACUCUUACUCAGAGCAAUACACUGCUUACUCAGAUCAAUACACUGCUACUCAGAUCAAUACACUGCUACUCAGAUCAAUACACUGCUACUCAAAUCAAUACACUGCUACUCAUAUCAAUACACUACUACUCAGAGCAAUACACUCUUACUUAGACAAAUACACUCUUACUUAGAGCAAUACACUGCUACUCAGAGAAAUACACUGGUACUCAGAGAAAUACACUGCUACUCAGAGCAAUACACUGCUACUUAGAGCAAUACACUGCUACUUAGAGCAAUACACUGCUACUUAGAGCAAUACACUGCUACUUAGAGCAAUACACUGCUACUUAGAGCAAUACACUGCUACUUAGAGCAAUACACUCUUACUUAGAGAAAUACACUGCUACUCAGAGCAAUACACUGCUACUUAGAACCCGGAGUCAAAUAAUUCAAGCUCUGAAAUUCAGUCUAAGAGAAGACUGCCAGUAUAACUGCAGCCUACAUCAGAUAAGCAGAGCUCUGUGAUGGAAUGAUAUUGAUUGAGAUGAAACAUGAAAAAAGUGGCCACUCCUUUAUUUUCCUGGUUUCCGUGGUUUUAUUACAAUUGAUUGCUUUUGUAUGUAUGUAAGCUCUCCUGUGUUUUCUCCUCCCCACCCACCGUUCGUUGGUGAUGUUUCCUUAUCUCCUGCCUUUUUCACCUUUCUCUUUUUUUCCCCCUACAUUGAUUUGUACAGGUAAAUUAAAGUUUCAUAGGAAAAUGUGUAA